GCGAAUUGACAGAGUACUAGAGUAUUACAUUAUGCAGAUCUCUAAUAUUGAUGGUACAACCGGACGUCGACUUGACUGAAAUCGAUUUCAAGAACUUGGUGAUUCAAAAAAUAAGUCAAGGUCACGUGCGUGUGUUGAUGGGAACGCGUCGUCGGAGUCACGAAUUAAACUGUAGGGUCCACAACCACCACAUCAAUCCACAUCAAAUCAAUGAUCGAUGGUCCACCACAUUUGCGCCACAUUCGUUGACCGCAUAUAAGGCAAGCAGGAAGCAGACGUCUUCCUUAUCCUCUUAGUUUUCUCUCCCUCACCAGCUCUGCUCACAACACUCAGUCAGCGUAAUCAUUGAACACCUAGCGUCAUGUCCCCUGCUGGCGAGACAGGCACAUCGGCUACUCCGCCACGCGUCAAUGCAUUAAGUCAAGGUGGUAGUAAACUAGAGUCCACCCCAAACAGCCGUGGGGCUUCCGUCGUCAGCGAGAACAUCAACUUGGUCGGUAUCAAGGUUAAGGAGGUUCGGCCAUGGAUUCAGCGGGACAUCGAGCAGGCCAAACAAUGCAAGGCAGAUGCCAUGCUGCAAGCCCUCCUACAGCGUGCGUCUUGCGCCCCGAAGACGAAACAGCCCGAGCUCCUGCAAAAGUGCCUGAAGGGAGUUCUUCCGGUUUGCAAUGGACAGGUCUCCGCUGGAGGCAUACCGUCUUCGGGCAUCGAGACAGCCUUGAAAAAAUACGCAUGUCCAGGAGUAGAACCCGACUUCUACAGCCCUUUUAUUGAUGCGACGAAUAUUGCGCUCGUUUGUCUUGAAGAGAUCAAGAUUGACGGGAUGCGCGCUCCUGUCUCCACCGUGGACAUGAUCUUCCAGCAGAACGACAUGCCCAUGUAUCAAACCCACCAGAAGGCGAAAUCAAUUCGGAAGCCCGAUGUCGUCAUUCUUCCUUUGAACAGCGCAUGCGCUUUAUUUGAAGAUGAGAAGGGCGGCAAGAAGGGCAAACAGAAAGACAAACGGAAGGACGGUCAGAAGCGCAAGGAUCACAUGGACAAGAACGCAAAGGCAAAGCCAAAAAAACUUCCCUGGAAAGAUGUUUUGGCUUGCAUCGAGUUCAAGAGAAAGACGAAAGAUAUCAAGUCGCCGCCCUCUUCGUAUAUAGUGAUAGACCACGUCCCUACUAAACCAGAACAUCUGCCGGUGGGUCAUUUCAAGGCUGAAGUGCCUACGCCAGGCCCUUCGCAAACCCUAGCAACACAACCUGCGUCCGAUACCGCGCGUGAGUGAUUUGAUUUUUGUAUCCAAGAUCAAACUGAAUGAACCGAGCAGCAGAUCAAUCCUCCGGCCUCACCGCUGCACAGACUUCCAAGGGCGGGUCCAGCUCCAAGCGCAAGGCCGCGGACACUUUGGAAUCUACCGCAAAAAAACCCAAGGCCAAUCCUGACGCGGACGAGCCAGAUGUGACCGUCCAGACC